UGGCACGUAUUUAAGUAAUAUCGAAGAAAGUGUUGAGAAGAUGUCGUCGCUAAUUGAAACCGUUCGCGCCUGUAUUAUCGUGGCAUCGACUAUAAAUCCUCUCAUCGAGCGCGAGAGGUAUUUGCGCGAACUCGUGGCUAAUAACGAUGAGUGUAAUUAUUUAACGUUUUAUGGUCUCGCGGCCUCAUGCAGUAGUACUCUAUUGGGAAUGCUAUUUGCGUGUGAGCAUUUUAAAAGUGAUCAGCGACUUUGUGAAAUUGCUGUAGAUAUUGUGGAAGCUCGAAGAUUGUUCGGAGAAAAUGAACUUGACAUCGGUAACCACGUUCGUGACAUGUUCCUUACUACAACCGAAGAGCGUCGAAAGAGCUUUUCCCUGAAUAGACAGUCUUACCGCCCGCAUUACAACAUUCCAACAGUGAAGAAGUAGAAGAAACGCUGAGGAAUGACGCAGCCCUCAGUUCAUCAUCUCUAAUUACACAACCUGUGAAGAGAUGCAUGAUAUUGAGGAAGCAUCGGCUGAAGAGGUGCAGCACAGCCGUCUCCAUGCCAAGCCCUUCGAUAUUCGUUUCUUGCUCGAAAACUAUCACGUAGUGCAACAGGGCGGUGGAUACGAACAGUCAGAUUUCUAUGGGGUAGACAAACACGACGAAAAAGAAGAGGAGGAUGUUGAAGGAGAAGAUGGGGAACUUCCGCUGGAACGCACUGGAAACUUCCCUAAUUAGAGCUAAUAUUAGCGAGACCGAUUAUAAAUUUAUUCAAAUUUAUGGGGAAA